AUGUCGAAAGCCGCUCCUUCGGAUAAGAACAAGGCUCUCGCCGCCAAGAAGGCUGCCUUGAAGGGUGUUAACGGUCAGAAGGCUCGCAAGAUCCGCACCUCGACCACCUUCAACCGCCCCAAGACCCUCAAGCUUGCUCGUUCCCCCAAGUACGCUCGCAAGUCGGUCCCUCACGUUCCCCGUUUGGACCAGUACAAGGUCUUGAAGACUCCCCUCAACACCGAGUCUGCCAUGAAGAAGAUCGAGGAGAACAACACCCUCGUCUUCAUCGUUGAUGUCAAGGCCAACAAGCGCCAGAUCAAGGAUGCCUUGAAGAAGAUGUACGAUGUUACCGCCCUCAAGGUCAACACCCUCAUCCGCCCCGACGGCAACAAGAAGGCCUAUAUCAAGCUCACCGCCGAUGUCGAUGCUCUUGAUGUUGCCAACAAGAUUGGAUUCAUCUAA